UUUUGAUUUCAAAACAAACAUCUGGCAUUAAUACAACAUUUCACACGCAAUCUUACUUUUUACCGUUAGAAUCUCAGUUGCUUUAAACUGUUCGGAUCUAUAAGGCUUCUAAAAUGAUUAAAUGCUAUUUCGUCUUAGCUUUUUUAUGGAGGGUAGUGCACGGAACCGCUUCCCAGUGUUCUCUGACUGAAGUAAAGAGUCUUAUGGAAGGCUGUGAUCGUCUUACAGGGUUAAACAUCACCAGUGUUGGAGGAACCAUCGUCAAUGACCAUAACUGCGAUGUUCUUCUUCCAAAACAAGUAUUCAUGGAAGAGCCGUUAUUCCAGUAUCCUUUGGCAGAUUCAAAAAAAUUCUACACUUUAAUUAUGGUUGACCCGGAUGCACCGCCGCAGUUGGACGGUGAAUUUUAUUUGCACAUGGUGAAAUCUAAUAUACCAGGAUUAGCGUUAAAAGCUAAGGAAAGUAGUAAAACCGUUGGCAUAGAUUAUAGGGGGUACAAACCACCAGCGCCACCUCGCGGCACGGGGCCACAUCGCUACGUUAUCCUACUCUACGAACAGGCCGAUGGAAACAACUUCUUGCCCACUGUGCCUUCCACGCGACACCGAUUCACUCUCGCUAAAUGGCUCGUCGGUAAAAACCUCUGUGGACCCGUUGCGGGAAUUGAAUUCAAGACUGAAUUCUAGAUGGCGUUAGUAGUUUCGAUGGCGACUGUAAAAUUCUUGUUUUGAUUCAAGCAGUCUAGAAUUAUUGUAAGAUAAUCAUGGCAAGUUUUAUUUUGAUUCGAUCGUUUUUAUUUGUAUUAAUAGUUAAAGUCAAGAAAUGUUCACACAGUCUUGUGAUACGAUGUUUUUAGUUAAGAUUAAGUUAAUUUGUUUCUGUUCUAAGAUACAUUACCAAAAAUAAAAUAAAUAAGAACUUAAGUACAUUGAUCUUUAUAAAUUGUUUAGGUAGGAAGUAGGUAUAGAGGUAGGUAUGUAGGAAGGUACUUUAGUUAUUUAAAUAAUUACCUUCUAGAUAUAUUGCAUUAUUUCAUAUCAUAUUUAAAUAUGAGAAGAUAUAAGAUGGUUCCCUGUAGCGUAACUAGCUUAUGCUAUAAAUUGUAGUUGAUACAUUAAAUUGUAGCCUUAAGAUCGCCUAAUAAGAAUUAAAUAAACCAAC